AUGUGGCAGCAGCUCCAGCCGCGCGCCGGGCUUCCUUCGCGAACUCCUCGAGUCCGUGUCCCCCUUCCUCCCCAGCCCGCGUGUACGGGGCCGUGCGGCCCCCCCGCCGCCCGCGCCACCCUGAAGUUCCUGGCCGUGCUGCUGGCCGCGGGCAUGCUGGCCUUCCUCGGUGCCAUCGUGUGCAUCAUCGCCAGCGUGCACCCGGCGGCCAGCCCGGCGCGGGCGCCCUCCGGGGCCGCCGCCGACAACGACUCGAGCGCCGGGGCCGCGGCGCUGCUGCCCCCCGGGCCGGAGCAGAGCCUGAGCGCGCUGCACGGCCCGGGAGGCUCGGCCGGGCCCCACGAGCUGCCCCUGCCCGGCGGCGGCGAGCUGCUGGCCAGCGCCCGGCCGCUGCAGCACCCGCUGCUCUUCAGCCGCUUCCUGUGCACCCCGCUGGCCACCGAGUGCCCGACGGCAGCGGACGGGGCCGCGGUGCAGGGCGACGGGCCGGGCUCGGGACAGCAGCAGCAGCAGCAGCGGCAGCGCGAGGAGGAGCUGCUGGCCCUCCAGAGCACGGCGGAGCAGCUGCGGCAGACGGCGCUGCAGCAGAAGGCGCGGAUCCGAGCCGACCAGGAGGCCAUCCGCGAGCUCACCGGCAAGCUGGGCCGCUGCGAGAGCGGACUGCAGCUGCCCUUCCAGGACCCGGGGCCCUCGGGUCGCCAGGACACCAUGAGCGACGGCCCGGCUUGGGACUCCCCGGCCGUGGUCCGCGAGCUGGAGGAGGCCGUGCGCGCCCUCAAGGAGAGGAUCGAGAAGAUCGAGCAGGAACUGCCAGUCCAUGGGAACGUGUCAGCCACCACAGCCCGGCCCCUUCCGCCUCAGGACCCCCUCCACACCCAAAUGGAAACCUUGGAGGCUCAGCUGCUGUCCAAGGUCAUGGCUCUGGAGAAGGAGCGCUCAUCUUUGAGCAGCAGCAACCACAAGCAGCAACAGGCGGUAGAGAAGGAGCUGAACGCUUUGCAGGACCGGGUGGCAGAGCUGGAACACGGGGCAUCAGCCUACAGCCCCCCAGAUGCCUUCAAGAUCAACAUCCCGGUGAAGAACAAUUACAUGUAUGCCCGCGUGCGCAGGACCCUCCCAGAGCUAUACGCCUUUACCAUCUGCAUGUGGCUGAAGUCUAAGUCUGGGGGGAUGGGGAUAGGCACCCCUUUCUCCUACUCAGUGCCGGGCCAGUCCAAUGAGAUGGUGCUGCUGGAGGCGGGGCAUGACCCCAUGGAGCUGCUCAUCAAUGACAAGGUGGCCCAGCUGCCACUGAAUCUGAAGGAUGGGCGAUGGCACCACAUCUGCAUUGCGUGGACCACGAGGGACGGCCUGUGGUCAGCCUACCAAGAUGGCCAGCUGCGUGGCUCCAGUGAUAACCUGGCUGCUUGGCAUCCCAUUAAACCCCAUGGAAUCAUCAUCCUGGGGCAGGAACAGGACACGCUGGGCGGUCGGUUUGAUGCUACCCAGGCUUUUGUGGGCGAGAUUGCCCAGUUCAACCUGUGGGAUCACAUCCUGACACCGGCCCAGAUCCUGGGCAUUGCCAACUGCACUUCCCCCCUGGUGGGCAACAUCAUCCCCUGGGAUGACAAGCUGGUCGAGGCUUUUGGGGGCGCAACCAAGAUGGUUUUUGACUCCUGCAAGAGCAAGGCCAAGGCCAAGGCCAAGGCGUGAGGCCUGAAGGAGGGCCCGUAGCCCCAGCCUCCCCUCCUCCUCCCCAGCCAUUCCCCAGGGGAGCAUGGGGCGGGCAGCAUCCCUUCCCUUUAUCCCCACCUCCUCUCCUCCCCUCUCCCCCCUUCCCUGCUAGACUGUGGACAUCUUUGCUUCCCCCUCCUCCCCCUCUCCCGAAUGCUCCAGGUAACGGGCACAGACAUCUGGAGAUACUCAGCAGCUGUGGCUUGUUCUGUCAAGCUUAGGGUGAGUCCUGGUGAAAGCGGGGACAGGAAGAGGGACAACAAGCAUGGCAAUGCCCGCCGCCGGGUUCACUCAUUUCGGGCGUGUGUCUCUACCUAAGGAUAAAAGAAUUCACAACUGACCAGAAUGGAGGCUUAGAAGAGAUCAGGACUAGAAAGAACUUGGAGUCCAUCUACUCUGAUCCUCUUUUUACAAAUGGGGAAACUAAGGCUCAGAAUAUGUAAGUGACUUGCUUGAGCUCACUAUUCUAAGAAUAGAUGUAGACAUGGAAGGAACUUUGGGUCAUCAAGUCCAAUCUCUCCAUUUUACAGAUGUGGAAACUGAGGCCCAAAGAGCUUAGCUCAAGUUCACCUCUCUGACAAAAUCAUGAGUCCCAAGAUUAUAAGGUUAGCUAGGUGGCUCUGUGGAAUCACUUACAAGUCACUUAACUCUGUUUGUCUCAAUUUUCUCAUCUGUAAAAUGGGAACACACCAGAGAAGCGAAUGGCAAAUCAUUCCAGCAGGAAGACCCCAACCGAGGGUCACAGAAAGUCAGACAUGUUGGGAAUGAUUGAACAACAGGGUCAUAGAUUCAGAUCUAGAAGUGACUUUAAUAUCUGGCCCAAACCACUCAUUUCACAGAUGGAAUCUGACCCAGAGAGGUUAAAUUUCUUCCCACGUAGUAAAUGGCACAGCCCGAAUUUGAAUUCCAGUUCUGUCUGACUCCAUAUCGAGCUGCCUCUCCUAUGGUACCACACUGCCUCCCUCCUCUGGUUCUCCAGUCAUUUGUCAUCCCCCCCAUCACAAAGCAUCAGAUGGUGUCUCAGCAUCACCACUGUGUGGUGCAGGGGAUGUUGCCUCAAGCACUGGAGGGGUCAUUCCCCCCAUCCCUCCAUUCCCAAGGAGCUCACUCCCAUGAGCUCCCUUGAGCACUGCCAACAGAUGUAGCCUCCCACUGGACCAAGCAUUUAUAGGAACAGGAAUUGGUGCAUCAGGGUCCAGGGCUUUUCUGUAACUUUGGUCAAAUCUCUUUUCCUUCUGGACCCAUCCCAGGCAGAUCUGCCUUCACACUAGAUCAUAACUAAAGGAUCAUUCAAUCAGAGUGUCAAGACUUGGGAAGCUGGGGGAUCUGUUCCCUUCAAAGUGCCCCUGAAAUCACCCAAGUAAGCAUCUACCUUCUCUGCCAUCUUCUCAGCCACCAUGCAUCCCAGGCUGUCACGUAAAGGGUGUUAGACCAGACAGAAGUCAAAGGCAGGGUUCUGAGGUCCAGCUCAAGGACCUAGAACAGCCAGGAUCCACAGGUAUGCCUGAGCGGGGCCUCGUAUCUAUCAGUAUCUAUAAGCCCGUCUUGAGCCAAAAAGGGGAUGUGGGCUUGAUUGCGGGCUUGAGCCGCUCCCAAGUGAAGAACUCUUUUUUCUUAAAUUGAAUAACAGAGAUAUGAGCUGCCUCAGGCCUUAGACCAUCUAUCUAUCUGUUUAUCUAUUCAUCUAUCAUAAGUAUUAAGUGACUAUUAGGUGCCAGGCACUGGGGAUAUGAAUACAAAGGAUGAAUGAAUGAAAUCUUCCCUCCCCCAUUUUACAUAGCAGGGAACUGAGGCCUGGUGGGAAGAAACUACUUUACCGAGGGUGUAUUAGGCAAAAAUCCUCCUUUGAGGCUAAAUAUAAUAAAGCAGGGUGGGCAUUAGCUUUCUGAUUUUUAGCACCCAGAGUUGAGAGGAAUCUUGAAAUGUAGGCAAGAAAAAAGAGGGACUGGUAGCUCUAGCACUGAGUCCGUCAUUGUGGGAAAUGCAGGACAUUUGUCAUUCUGUCGGUCGGUUGGCAGGACUUUAGGGGAGGUUGCCAUUAUUAUCAUCGUCUCUCUCGACAAAGUGAUCUAAGAAUAUUCAAGGAGGGGGAGGAUGCUUUCAACUGAGAGUAUCAGGGAAAGCUUCAUGGAAGAAGUGGUGACUGGGAUAGUUCUUGAAGGAAAUCUCAAAGAUCUCAAGGGAUCUCAAAGGGCAAAGACUGAGAGGAAAUUCAUCCCUGUCUAAUUGGUCACAGCCCUGUGUGGGAGAUGUAGUGGCAAAUCCCUACGACUCCAUUCUGGCUGGAUUGUAGAAUAUAUAAAGGGAAACUGUGGAAAAUAGAACCAAGGGUAGAUGGGAGAUGUACUGUGAAGAGCCAAGAUGUCUGGCUAAGUAGAUUAUACUUUUCCUGUGGGCAACUGGGAAACAAUGUUUUUGAGCUAAAGAGCCUGGUCAUACCCAAGCUAUAGGAAGAUUGAGAAGCUAUAUGAAAGAUGUCCAUCUGAAAUCUCAUGAUGGGAGGAAGAGAGACACAAACUGGGGACACCAUAGUUUUGAGACAUCAUAUUCACUAUACAUGGCAAGAGGACAGGGAAAUUGUCUGAGGGAGUCACCUUCAAUUCAGUCCCAUAACAGCUUAUUGGGCACCUUCCAUGUAUAGUGUCCAGUGUUAAGUGGUUUGGGAGCAUUCCCUUCAUGAAGUUUAUAGUCUAAGGUAAAGGAGACUCACAAAUAACCAUAAUAAACAAUAUCAGCUGUUAAGUACAACAGACAGGGAUAAAAUCAAGUAUUAGAGCUGGCAUUUGAGUAGGGUCUCAGAAGAUGGUUAGGAAUUCAUUGGAUUUAGGAGGGAAAGAAAGAAAUCUUAGGAUAAAGACUGUUAUAUCAUGUGUAACAAAUGGAGAGCUGUCCAAAGUAGUUGACACAGACUGUAUGGAGGAGAGUAUUGUGAGAUUAGGAUGGAAAGGUUUGAUGGUACCAAGUGGUGUAGAACUUUAAAAAUCAGGCAAAGGAAUUUCUACUGUUUUCAGUGUACAAUAAGACUGUGUCCUGCCCCCAAGUAGGCACUGGGAUAUCUGCCCUAAAGGCUUUUGGUUAGUUAUUAAUAUCUCCUUAGUUAUUGGUUCAUCUUUUGCCCAUAUGUGUAUGCUGGUUUGUGUUACAAAAUUGGGGUCCGUAAUGUUUCCUAAAUUCACAGAAACCACCAUGGUCUAGACACUAAUAUCUUAAUGACAGGAGGAAAAUUAGCUUUACUGAAAGAAAUAAAGAUGGGCUGGCAUCCAUCUUACUGUUUAUGGAGAAAUCAUUGGUGUUUUCCUCUUCAGAAAAACUAGAGUUUCCAGAUUGACUCAAAAUGGACUUAUAUUUAAGUGGGCAUUAGUACAUAUAGAGCCCAGGUAGACCACAGGAUGAUCAUAUUUUGGCUUGGAAAGGGAUCCUUCACUGGAAUCAGUCUGGAGUGGGCACAUCAAGUCUUUACCUUGAACCCCCUGAAUGGGAAGGUAAGAUCAAGAUUUGGAGACCAGCAUCCUACCAUGAAGUCUGGGGAUAACUUAGAGUGAUGCUGUCCUUCAAUUCAAAGACAAUAAUCUAUCAAGUUAACCUGUGUUUUACAAAGCUCAUCCCAAAGAGGGUCACCCAACCCUUGCCAUAAUCGAUCACUCAGAGCCAGCUCUUUUCAGUACAGCCCUUGGGCAAACAUGUAGAAGGUACUUGAGUAAUAGGAAAGGGUGACAGCUUCUCGACAUAACCUCCAGGUGUGGUAGUGGGUGACAUCCUUGUCUUAUCCUCCUCAAAGGCCUGUUUCUUUACUUGGCUGAAAUCUGGUGAUAGUGAUGGGGGUUACUCAAACCAAUUACAUCACUAAUAAUGAAUUUUUCCAACCAUCUUGUCUGUACAAAGCACCCGAAGUCUGGAUUUGAAGAUUACAUAAGACAUAGAUUCUGCCUUCAUAAAACCUACAAUCUUACAACACAAAGAUCUAUCAGAUAUGAAGGUCGGACUGACUUUAGGGCAGAUGCCAGGAGUUGUCAGAGUCAAGAGAGAACCCUUUGAAGUGGACAGAGAUUUGAGGUCUGGCUGUGAAAGAGAGAAUCCUGCUCCCUGUAGCCAGAGGGCCUGAGGCAGAAGUCCGGUCAGCACCCUGGAUAGUUCCGGGAGGGGGCAGAAAAGGCAAUGGCUUUUUUUAAGGUUAAAAAGUCUGCUUUAUCUUCAGCCCUAGGCCGACCCCAUUGGUUCUGGACUUGUCUUAAAGGGAUCCCAAUCCUAUCUACCAGACUUCAUCUCCAUGCCAUGAGAGAAUCCAUCCAUUCAUUCAUCCAACAUUGAUUAACCGCCUGCUAUAUACAGGGUGCUGUGUCAAGUGUGGGGGGGAAGCUAUAAAGAUAAGAUGUAGUCCUUGUCUCACAGAGGAGAACAUCUAGAAGGAGGAAAGUAUAUAUGCAAAUAUCUCUAUUGAAAAAUAAACUAAGCAAACCAUAAUAAGGGAAGCAUCACCAAGUUAUUAAGGACAGAAACACUUUUUUGUUUUGGCUUUGUACCUUGGUGUCCUGCACACAGCAGGGAUCUCAUAAAUGUUUGUUGGAUGGAGUGCAAGAAGGUGCUGGGAGCGUUGGUCUGAGAUUGUUUCUGAGCUGGGCAUUGGAGGAUUUUAACGAGUGAAAAGUGGAGUAAUGAAGUUUUAUUGUAGGCAGAAGGACACAAGCAAAGGAAAAGAGAAAGGAAGAAAUGAAUUUGUAAACUGGUGAUUAAUAUGGCCUGAUGUGACUAAAGAGAAGUAGUACAGGAUGAGGUUGUAGAGCUACAGUAGGACUAGACUAGAGAGAACUUUAAAUCCACAUCUAGGAUCUUGGAGGUGACAAAGAUCUCCCAGGACAUUUAGUCUUGUGGUCUCACUUGGGGCUGGCUCCUCAAAGAAAGCCAAAAGGCUGGUUGGGGAACUUCAACCUUUGCCUUACAGAAAAGGGAAAAGACCAAAAUGAGUUAAAUGACGCAAGGUCUGACAGUGAGUUAGGGUUAUAACAGGGCUCAUGCUCAAAUUCGCUGCUGAUCAGUUCCCUUUUCCUACCCAUGAAGCUGCAGACUUUUGGAUAAAUGGUGAUCCUAAGAAACCAGAGUGCCUAGCAACAGGAAAAUAUUUAUCUGUAGUACAACUCCAAACCCUUAGGAGCACUUCCAUGGCACUGUCCCACUGGACAAGGGAAACUGAGGAAACUGAUGGGGAAGAAAGCAUAAUGCAGGUGGGCUGAUUGAACCCAGGGAUCCUGCCACAAAGGAACCCUCUUGAGGGGCUGACUGUACUUUGACUAAUCACAAGCAAUACAAAGCUUAGUCUUCUCCCCCCAUUUCUUGGCAUCCCCCAGUCUUAUUUCCCUUCUGGCCCCCCAGCCAGACACUUGGCCUUCCAUAUUCUUUUUUCACCCUAGUUGUCAUUGUUCUAAGAUCCCCUGGCUCUGCAGCCUCUUCUUCACCAAUUUAUUUGAAUUGCAAGAACAGAAAACAUUCCUCUCCUCCUUUCUCCACCAUCGGAUUAUAGCCACCCUCCCCAAAGACCCAAUGAUGUCAUGGUCGUUAUUCAGCCAAAACCAGCAGAGGCCUGAGUUGCCCUGGUAACAGUUGGUGACGUCAGCAAGAGCUCUGGGUCAAGAGCUCUAUCAAUAAUGCCAUGUCUUGUUGCCGUGGUGACAGCAGAACCCAGAACAUCCCCUCCCCCUUCUUUAAAGAUAAAGCUUUUGUGACAAUCGUGUAUGGAAGAGGAGUACCUAAGGAUGAUAUUUCAGAACUGUGAUGUUUGCCAUUGGUCACAGCCAAUUAAACUGAGUUAUGCUCAAGGCUCCGGCCUUGUUACCGAGACAAUGCGUUAGGGAGUGUCUGAUCCUCACCCCUCUUGGCUGAGUCCCCAGCUGCUGGUGCAGCCUCCCAGAGAAGGAAGGAAAGGAAAGCAAGAGAAAUUUCGAGCUUUGAGUAGGUCAAGGUUAGGGCUAGGACUUGUACCCCUUUCUCGGUGUCUCCACCUGUGCCUUUCUGUCCAAGAAGGAAAGUUCUCUGAGGAUGUCGCUUCCUCAGCCCCACGUCCAAGAAGGACUCAGUUACCAUUACUGCCUAGAGUAGCCAAAACUACUUCCUUUCAUACUCUGGAAGGAAGGAUGGAUUGGAGUGAAGGCUCACUUUUGCUACUUCUCACCUGUAUCAGAAUCAACUGAUCAUUCUCAACCUUGGUUUCCCCAUUUGUAAAUUAAAGGGUUCAGACUACAUGAAGAAUAUCAGCUCCUGGAGGGCAAAAGUGUUUAAUUUUUAACUUUGUCUCUCUAGGGCCUGAUCACAUAACACUUGAUUAAAUGCUCCUUGGAUUAAGAUUUCUUUCAGAUCUCACCUGAGAUCACAGGAUCUUUCCAAAUCCGAAUCCUUUUUAUCCCCAAACUUUUCUCCUGCCUCUGUCCUUUUAGGGAAGAUAGCAGAGAAGGUUAUUUCUUUGGGGGUGCAAAGCAGCCCAUCUACCCAUCAAGCCACAAGUGCUGAUGAAGUGCCUGCUAUGUGCUGAGGAGACACAAAAAGGGAGACAGUUCCUGCCUUCAGAGAACUUAAGUUGUAUUGAGUGGAAAGGGACUUGAACACUCCCAGCUCAAACAUCCUUUUGACAGGAGUCAGGUGAAAGGGAAUUGUUGGAAUUAUUUAUGUGGUAUGAAUUCUGUCCCUAUUCCAUCCCCACGGGAAAAAGAACAAAGUGGGAAAGGAUGCACACCUGUUCUGGGGAAACAAAAGCGGGGUGACUUAAUAUGUCAGCCCCUCGAGUUUCCCAAGAGUAUGGGAUACAGGAAAAAGGUAGCACAUAAGAAGAUGGUGCAAUCCAAGGCUGGCUCCAUAGGGAGGCUUGAAGAAAAUCGAGUGUCUCAGAUCCUUCUAGAAAGAGAAAGGACUGAGCCUGCCCUGUCACUAGAGCGAUUCCCCCCAUCUGAGCCCAUUUUUAUCUGCAUUUAUCCCCUUCAUCUCCUCUGAGACUUCCAUAUUCUUACUUCUCUCCCUGUGGGCCCUUGUGCCAUGGGCAAGCAGGGAUGUGACCAGCUUGGUGGGUCCUACCUUAAUCUCUGCAAAGAACAGGAUCUGGGGGGCCAAAGACCCAAAUUUCCACCUUCUCUUUGAGACACAAGUCCUCAAGGUGGGAGUGGGGAGAUAAGGAAAGGCUUUCACCUUCAACAAUCAUACCUGUGCUCCUCCCCCAAACCUGGCCCCGUUGAUGUCCCAGUGUCCUAGAUGACUCCUGCCCUGUCCCUAAUCUGCUGCCCUCUGGCUCCUCCCAAGCCCUACCCCAUCUCCUUGAGUGUGACUCUAUUCACCCCCCCAGACACCCCCAUUGGGAGGUGUCUCCACAGGCACCACCCAUGGGACUUAGCCUGUGAGACAAUUGUGUUUGAGCUGUGCAACACUGUGAUUCUCGUGCCCAUCACUGAGACCACGCCCCGGCUCCUCCACGCUGCUCUUUCUUCCUCUUUCCCACCCCCUCCCAUCACCCUAUUUUGUACAUCUGUGACAUGAGCCACGACACAUGUGUGUACGAGUGUGUGUGUGUGAGAGAGAGAGAGAUGCCAUAUUUAUUAACAUGUGGUUCUUUUUUUUGGUUUGGUAAAUCUGAUUGUUGACAAUAAAUGUGAUGUUUA